ACGAGGUAGUCUCAGCUUACGCAACGUAGCUUGACUGCGUUUUCUAAGUAACACGGAUAGCGCGCCGCAAUACAUGGCACAUUUUAGCGAAAAUCAUACAGUUGUAGGAAUUUCAUUGUUUCGCCUAACAAACUCUGUUCUUCAGCCCUUGUGCUCACGAGUGCAGACCAAUUCCCGCCUCUCCCCGCUACCCCACGUCCAUACGAAUAUGGAAUAUCAGGAUUGCGUGACUCUGUCUCGCCGACGUAGCGGCCAGCAGUGUGUCAUUACUAUGCGUUAGAAGCAUUUCCCGGGGUUAUUGGUACAGUCAUGGACUGUUUCGCCGAAGAGGGUGACUUCAUGAAAGGCCAAUUUCCCGAAAGUUUUAUUUGGGGAGUCGCCACUGCCGCUCAUCAAAUCGAAGGUGCGUGGAACGAGGAUGGAAAAGGGCCUAACAUCUGGGACGCCUUCUCACAUAAGACUGGCAACAUCCACAACAAUGAGAACGCCGACAUCGCAUGUGACAGCUACCAUAAAACAGACGAAGACAUUCAGCUUUUGAAAUCACUCGGAGUGAGUCAUUAUAGGUUUUCUAUCUCGUGGGCACGUCUCCUUCCCGAUGGACUCCCAGAUGUCGUAAAUAAAAGCGGCGUGGAAUACUACAAUCGUGUUAUUGAUAAGCUUUUAGCGGUGAAUAUCCAACCGGUUGUGACACUCUACCAUUUUGACCUGCCACAAGCCCUUCAGGAUAAAGGAGGCUGGCUAAACUCGCGGGUCAUUGAGUGGUUUGCAGGAUAUGCGCGUGUCUGCUUCAAGUUGUUUGGGGACAGGGUCAGACUGUGGCUUACUAUCAAUGAGCCCCAUGAGGAAGCACUGAAUGGAUACGGAUAUGGGAACUUUGCACCGGGAAUCAAGAGACUUGAUACAGCGCCAUACCAAGUGGUCCAUAAUAUGCUAAGGGCACAUGCGUCUGCUUGGCAUAUCUAUGAUGAGGAGUUCCGUGGCAGCCAGCAUGGCAAGCUGAGCAUUGUGACAAACAGUCAAUUCUAUGAACCCAAGUCCACAAAGCCUUGCGAUGUAGCCGCUGCAGACAGAGGGUUACAAUGGUAUCUUGGAUGGAUUGCUCAUCCUGUUGUCUAUGGAGACUACCCUGAAGGGAUGAAACAGGUUGUUGCAGAGAAAAGCAAAAAGCAAGGGAUUCCUUGCAGAUUACCAUCCUUCACUGCUGAAGAAAAGACAUACAUCAAGGGAACAAUUGAUUUUUUUGCACUCAACUUUUACUCUGCAUCACUUACAGAACACAUUGAUAUUCCCAUGAAUUCCAAUGAGAACUGGAACUAUAUAACAGACCAAGAAAUUAAAACAUCUAGACGAGAGCACUGGAUUAAAGGUGCACCUGAUUGGCUGUAUUGCACGCCAUUUGGACUUCGCAAAAUCCUCAACUGGAUAAAGGGAAAUUACAAUAACCCAGAAAUCAUAAUCACAGAGAAUGGCUUUAGCUGUGAUGGGGAAGAAGACCUGAGUGGAGAUGCUGCUCUGGAGGACACCCACCGAGUGAAUUACCUUAAGGGCUACCUAAACCAGGCUUUAAAGUCAGUCAUUAAAGAUGGGGUACAAUUAACAGGCUACUUUUUGUGGUCUUUGAUGGAUAAUUUUGAGUGGGAUGAUGGUUAUAAGUUUCGUUUCGGGGUUCAUCAUGUGGAUUUUGAUGACCCACAUAAGCAUCGCACUCCUAAGAAAUCAGCCCUUGUGUUCAAAGAAAUUGUAGCUAACAAAGGAUUUAUAUGAGGACAAUUUCAAAUAUUGUUUGUAUGGUUCUAAACCUUUGGAAGAUGUAUCAUUAUUGACACUAAUAAACAAUAAA